CAGGUGGAUUCCAAGUGUGGCGUCGCCGUCAACAGAGGGCACUCCUGCUUUGUUAGUUCAAGUGACGGGACCUUGACAAGGCAACAAUGGUGACUCAUAUAAGCAAUGUUGAGCCACAUGAUUAUGCUGAUAUUUGCAGAGAUAGAUGCAGCGCCAGCCUACGAUGUAAAGCCAAUUGUCAUUCGCUACCAUGGUAACAGAGACGAGAGCCGUUGCUUGUGCUUCACACUGGAUUCUAAAUGUGCUGCUGUUGAGAAUCAUGCAACUCAGAUUUGAAAAAUCAGAGUCGUGCAGAACAGUGAACCUGAACCUGAACAUCCCCCAUCAGGACCACUCAUUUACCUCGCAGCGCUAACGUCGGCAAGCUAAUGUUGGGAUCGCAAAUAUAAGACAGACGGUUAAACUAUUUGUCUAAAGUUGUAACGGCGUUCGUUUUCUGAUCUCCCCAUCUUUUACUGUCAUUUGUAAAUGUACAAUCGGUCAUGAUGGACUGAGAGAGCGAAUAUCUCAGGGACACAUCACGUUCAUGUUGGCUGUUCAAAAGAGAGUGUGGGCGUGCUCCAGGCAGAUGAGGUGUGAUUUGAGAGGGUUCGAGAGUGUGUGGGAGAGACGAGUACAACAAAGACACAAUCUGGCAUUUCAUGACUGGUUCGGACAAUACUGCCAUGGUAUUAUACUAACAUUCGAAAUGAUGCCAAAACCCUCAGUUUUCUAACCAUAUAUGUUUCUACUUCAAUUUAAAUAAGAAUUUAAAUUAUUGUCGAAUGCAGUUACUGUCUGAUUAAACUCUAAGCUGUUUUAUUAGAGGUCGUUCCAAAUUGAGAUAAAAUGAAUGAGAGGAAAUUAAAUGAGUGAGGCAAAAAAGUCCUAAGCUCCUGAUAAGUGCUAAAGCCCUGAAGCAGCCUUAAAACUCAAGGGAGGGAGCUGUGAGAGGAGGGAGAGAGAGAGAGAGAGAGAGAGAGCUGCCGUUGGUGCUGAAAUAAGAGGCUAUUUAUCAAACCAACAGUGUUUCUGUGUGAGGAAGGACAAGGCUGGCAGCUGAAAGAUAAUGCUGGAAUACCGACUUGAUGCUUGGAUUCCUAAGCAGCCUUCACACCUGGACCACCAGCGCAUGAGGGACCGGGACCGUCCAUCUGUCAUGGCUCAGAUGCUAUGAAUGCUUAAGUUACAUCUAUGCUUACCAACAUGAAGAAGCGAUGCAAAAAUAACACAGAGAGGUGUAAUGUCAUGUUUGAAUGAGGGAAACAUUGAAACCGAAGAGUCUCCCUCCAAUAAUUAAGACCUGGUGCACAUGCUCCGGCAACCUCGCGCUAUACAUUUCCGGAGGAUUGUAUUGGAGGUCUUUUAAAAUCCACUGUCAAGAGGUGACAGAAUGGGAAAGCCAUUAAGUCGUCCAGGCUGCCUACGGCAGAGCCCUUGUUGUUCGAAAAAAGGAGACGACCGAGAGGGCUACAACGAAGAUGGGUACAUUCCUCAACGCUCCAUCUAUGACACAAUGUGCAUCAAUGAACAGAUCGACCACAGUUCCGCUCACAGCACUCUGGGUUCCCGGAGAGGUCGUGAAACUGACUUCUCCAGUAAUGGUUCGCUAGGAGCAGGUGGAGACAUGUUUGACACAAGGUCUUCUAUGUUAGGCAGCGGUGGCAGAAAACUGGACGAGAGGUUCAUUUUUGAUUCCCUCAAACUGGCAAAUGAUGAGCUGAACAGGUCGCCGAGAGGGUUUGUGCGGUCGGCGUCCCCCAGCGUGUCCUGCAGCUCGGCUCCGAGUGGAUCCGUGAACAAACGACAUCAUCACCAGGACAGCAGCAAGAAGGACAAUCUGUGUCGCCACUCGUGGAAGGUUCUCUCCCCGCCAAAGUUUCCAGAACCAGUGGAGCUGUCUCCAUGUGAAAAGAACUAUUUAAAUCCAGGUGUUGUUUUUUUUCCUAACAGCAUCACCUCUCCACAGAUCUCGCCCUUCUCUGGGUCCCCGUUCUCUACUGGCACGCACACACCUUCUGUGUUCUUCUCGCCCUCUCCUUUGCCAUUCCACCAGCAGUUCCAUAGACAGUCUUUACCCAUCCAGCCCUCUUCACCAAGACCACCCCUGGCAGAAUUAUCAGUAACUGCCCUAAUAUGUGACCAGGGUGACCAUAUAGGAGAUAUCCAAUAUAUAAGGGAUGAAGGGAACACGGCAAAAGAUCAUUUGUUUCUGACUUUUAAACCCAAGAACGUUGAACCUGAGAGAGUACUGCCACCCACCACUCCAGAACCCGAAAAUGACACUACGCCUCUUCUGCGCUCCCAGACAACAAAAAAACCUGCCAUCACCCCCACAUCCAUGGAGUCCACCUGGCCCCGUCGGCUGAUCGGAAGGAGGCGGACGGUGAGACAAGGUGGUGCAGUUCACAACCUCCCGAUUCUCCCCCCACUCCCCUCUUUGUUAUUUCGAAGUGUCUCCGAUAAAAAGACUAUCCCUCGUCUUUCACCAUUCCCUGAGCACCAGGGCAAUGUCGACCGUCAGCCGGAGAGAUCUACAUUAACCAGAGAAUUAAAGGACUGCUCGCUUCAAGACUGGAAGAUGUUGCGGGAACAGGAGGAAAGUCAAAAUGAAAGCCUGAUGGAGGAUGCUUUAGAAGGAUGUAGCAAAAUGGCGGCCAUACAAGAGAGUGCAGAGCCGGUCACUGAAGAAAAACCCGCUUUUGGGGGUGAGGAAGAGAACUGGGAGGCUGUGUUGGAGAUGGUUAACUCUCUUUGGGAUGAGACGUGGAAUGUGGAUCCACAAAGUGUUGGUUCUCUGAGGCGCUGGCCUCUUUUACAUCCUCCAUCUGGGUUUGGUGGCUCACAGGCUCCCUCGUGUACAAGUUCAGAACUGGGUGCUGAAGACAUGCUAGAGAUUGAAAGAAUGAACAGAGAGGUCGUGGAAAGCCAAGAUGACGAAGAACCAGACUUUCAGUAUAAUUUACAAGCAUGUAAGAGUCAAACUAACACCGUUGUGACGCAGCCAGGACAUAAACUUAUUCAUACAAAGGUUCCAACCAGCUUGGAUCUUGCCUCCAUUUACGCUCAGAUGGAAAACAAAUACAGCCAUAGUGAGUCUCCAGACUCCGCCCUGACUUUAGACUCAGAAUCGAGUGGUAUCUACAUGUCCAAUCCCAGCCAAACCAGUAGAGAGGAUAUCACCCCUGACAACGAUAGGCCUCUGUCAGACGUAGGUUUAGGAAGUACUACAUCUCUAAGCCAAGGAGAGGAGAUGAUGGACGAUGAAAGAAAGAUUGAGACGUCAGUCCCAAAGGUAAAUAAAGUGGUGACUAUAUACACAAAACAACGCUCUGGACUGAGAUCUAACAGCGUCAUAGAGUCCAGAAGGCAAGCGUUGUGUAAAGAGAUUUCAACCAAAGCUGCAGAAAUAAAGGAACGCUUGAAACCCGUGGACAAAGGAACUGUAAGCCAAGAGAUGCAUUACACUGUGAACACAUCAGAGAGUGAUGUGCCUUUGCCCCUGUCCCCCUCCAAACAUGAAGUUAAACCAAAUUUGUUAGGCAACACUGACACAGAUUCAUUCGUCGCAACUGACAGUUUCGUCUACUUGGCUGUAUCAGUGCCGCCGAUUCCAUCCGUACGGCAAAAUGUGACCAAACCUGCGGUGGAGGAACCGUCACCUCCAACGUCCUUUACCAAACCCUGCCCUUACCCUGACGAAUGUGACUUCCUCUCCACAGACAGUUUUGUUUACCUGGCUGCUCCGGAUUGCCACCUGCUGGUUACAGAGGGCCACUCAGUAUACGGUGACUCAAAAGAUUCUGAAUCGGACGACAGCGGUUCUAAGGCUGAUUAUGUUUUGGCCUCUGCGGUUGGAGGGGAUAGCGACUGGGAUUCAGACCUCACAGAUUCUGAUCCCGAGCCAAACUCUUCCAAGUCUGCGUGGGAUUGCUGGGAGGAGCUAGAGCAGGGGGUGCUGCCGGAGCUGUUCGGCGAGGACCAAUCGGAUGAAGACAAACUGCUCCAUGGCAACCGAGCUCAGCAGAUUUGCUGCCAGCAUGGGGAGUUGGCUGCUAUUGUUUUACAGGAGAGAGUUGAGCUGGAAGAGGUGUCCUCACAGUACACACAGGGGGCAGAGACCCACACUGAGGUGAAGUCUGUAUCCUAACACUUAUUAUUGCACUGGAAACCUAUUGUAUUACAGAGCCUUCGGAGAAUAAUCUAACAGUCAGGAGCAAGUAUUUUGGGUUUUUGUUUCUUUCUCAUUAAUUAACUAUGUACAUAUUAAAUCAAAAUAGUGGCGCCAACAUAACUUAAGAAAUAGCAAGUAAGAUUUGGAUGUUUUCUUGAGUGUUGAAAUCAGUUUUAUUGAAGCACAAUUUAGGUCUUUUUAGCUGCAUAUCCGUUGUAAAGUUUAUGUCACGGUGGACAAUAUUUGUGUUAAAUGAUAGAUCUGGCUAUAUAUAACAGGUAAUCGUUGAUGCAAUAUGACUUUACACACAUCAAGCAUACAAGCUUAAACUGUGACGCACACUACAACAUAAUGUCAGUAAUAGAUACUCUAUUUGCUGUGUGCUCUAUGUAAUGGUGAAUGUUUGAUGUCACUGGGGUAAUUGAAGAACUGACAAUAGCUCAAGUAUUGAAUGACUAUGACGAUUGGUGUGAAAUUAUGACAUUGUCUUUAAAGGAACAGUUCACCCAAAAAUGAAAAUUCUGCCUUUAUUUACUCAGCCUGAAGUUGUUCCAAAUUGGUAUACGUUUUUGAAGAACACAAAGAAAGAUAUUUGGAAGAACGUUCGUAACCAAACGGAUAUUGGCCAGCAUGGACUACCAUAGGAGGAAAAUUGCUUAUUUCAUUUCUUUGUUCUGUAGCAUUCUUCCAAAAUAUCUUUUUCUAUGUUUGUCAGAAAUUUACAAAGAUCUGGAACAACUCGAGGGUGAGUGAAUGAUGGUAGUAUUUUUGUUAAGGAGUGAACUGUCCCUUUACAGGAGUUGUUCACCUUCAAAAUAAAAAAUCUGUCAUCAUUUACACACCCCUCUUGUCAUUUCAAAUCUGUACGACUUUCUUUCUUCUGCAGAACACAAAAUCAGAUAUAAAAAAAUCGAUUGUAAAAAUUCUAUUGUAACGUGAAUGUUAACUACAUUCUUCAAAAUAAAUUCUUUUGUGUUCUGUGGAAGAAAGAAAGUCAUGAGGUUUGAAUUGACAAGAGGGUAAUGAUGACAGACUUUUCAAUUUGAACGUGAACGACUCCUUUAAGAAGCACAGAUAAUGCUUGAUAUGCAGUGAAAUGUGUAUACGUGGUUUUAAAAAGCAACAGGGAGUUUAUACAUUUGUUAACACAAAUACGUAUUUUACACUGGACUCUCAAUAAAGGAUGAAAGCGAA